AUGGUUCGCGAGAGUGGCAUCUCGGCUACCAAGCCAGUUUUCCCUACUUUCUUACUGCCCAGCAUAAAGCUUCCCUUCUCCCGACGCCACUCGGUCUCCUCGAGUUCAGCAGAAUCUGCCGCAUCUUCAGCGGUGACAACACCAGCGAGCUCGCCCCCGAACGAAGGAAUUCUUACAAAAGCGCCUAGAGGUCGAUUAUCUCGUACAUCUCCGAAUACGCUUCGUUGUUCAACAUGCUCUGUCGAUGUUGCUUUUGCUUCUCAGAUCAUAUCUAAAGGCUUCACCGGCCGGUACGGUCGUGCGUUUCUCGUGGCCCCGCCUGCGCCUCCUGCAGCCCAGACAUUGAGCAACAUCCGAGUUGGUAAGAGUGAGAAUCGUCAGCUUGUGACAGGAUGGCAUGUCGUUGCAGACAUCAACUGCGGGUCAUGCUCAACAAAACUUGGCUGGAAGUAUGUGGACGCUAAAGAACAAGGCCAGAAGUACAAAGUUGGGAAAUUCAUCCUCGAGAUGGAACGAGUGGUUACGUACCGGAGCUGGGAGGAUGCAAUUGACGAGGAUGUUGCGGAGACUGCCACACCCGGCAAGGAUGAUGAGGAAGAGGAUGUUGAAUUUGAUUCUGAUGACGAUGAUGAAUGUGAAGAUAUAUUUGCAGGGACUUGGGACCCUGAGGUUGUAGAAGAGAGGCGAAGGAGAACGACGUCACGUCGAAGCCAAGCCGAGAGCGACGAGUAG